GCCUGUACGAUUACGACAAGGCAAGUUGAACGGGAGGGUUUAGUCAGAAAAGUUUGUGUAGGGAUUCGUUCCUCAUAGAGUGGAGUUGCCGUUUCUAGUUCUGCAAAGGUUAUAGCAACUGUGUUCAACAAUGUCUGCACAAGUUCUCAGCGGUAAAUCUGUCUCGGCGCUAGUGAGAGAGAGACUGAAGAAAGAUGUAGCUCAAAUGAAGCUGGACCUGCCUGGCUUUAGGCCGGGUCUUGCUAUUCUACAGGUUGGUGACAGAGAUGACUCCAACCUUUACAUUAGUAUGAAGCUGAAGGCUGCAGCUGAGAUCGGUAUCAACGCCAGCCAUGUCCGGCUGCCAAAGACUGCCACAGAAGAAGAGGUUUUAAGAAGCAUUAUUCAAGUGAACGAGAACCCAGAGAUACAUGGGCUCAUAGUGCAACUCCCCCUGGAUUCUGUCAACCCCAUCAAUACAGAGAGAGUCACCAAUGCUGUAGCACCUGAGAAGGAUGUGGAUGGUCUGACUAGUAUAAAUGCAGGAAAGCUUGCUCGUGGUGACUUGGGAGACUGCUUUAUCCCCUGUACUCCUAAAGGAUGCAUGGAACUCAUCAAACAGACAGGUACCUCCGUUGCUGGGAAGAACGCUGUGGUUAUUGGGCGCAGUAAGAUCGUCGGGGCACCCAUGCAUGACCUGCUGCUGUGGAGCCACGCAACAGUAACAACCUGCCACUCCAAGACUGCCGACCUAGCUGAGCAGGUUCACCGGGCUGAUAUUUUAGUCGUUGGGGCUGGCAAGCCAGAGAUGGUGAAAGGAUGCUGGAUCAAGCAAGGGGCUGUUGUGAUUGACUGUGGCAUCAACCACAUUCCAGACAGCACAAAGGCAAGCGGGAAGCGAGUGGUUGGAGAUGUUGCCUACAGUGAAGCCAAGGAGAGAGCUUCCUUCAUAACCCCUGUACCAGGUGGUGUGGGACCAAUGACCGUGGCCAUGCUGAUGGAGAACACGGUAGAAAGUGCAAAGCGUUUUUUGGAGAACAAUAAAUCAGGAAAGUGGCACAUUCAGCUCACAAGUCUGAAUCUUCUAAACCCAGUGCCGAGUGACAUUGAAAUCUCAAGAGCCUGCAUUCCAAAACCAAUCGAUAAGCUGGCAAGAGAAAUUGGCUUGUUCUCAGACGAGGUGGAGUUGUACGGGAAAACCAAAGCAAAGAUUCUGCUGUCAACCAUGAAGAGACUCCAGGACCGGCCGGAUGGGAAGUACGUUGUUGUGACCGGUAUUACUCCCACUCCACUGGGUGAGGGUAAAAGCACUACCACAGUGGGUCUGGUACAGGCACUGGGAGCCCAUCUACUACUCAACGUGUUCGCUUGUGUUCGCCAGCCAUCUCAGGGCCCCACGUUCGGAAUCAAAGGUGGAGCUGCUGGAGGAGGAUAUUCUCAAGUAAUUCCAAUGGAAGAGUUUAACCUGCAUCUCACGGGUGACAUCCAUGCCAUUACUGCAGCCAACAACCUGGUCGCUGCUGCCAUUGAUGCCCGCAUGUUCCAUGAAAACACACAGAGCGACAAGGCUUUGUAUAACCGGCUAGUUCCUGUAAACAACACAGUGAGGACAUUUUCUCCAAUUCAGAUCAACCGGCUGAAGAAACUGGGCAUUGAUAAGGUCCACCCUGACACACUGACAGAAGAAGAAAUCGCUGCAUUUGUCCGGCUGGACAUUGAUCCUGACACAAUAACUUGGCAGAGAGUUAUGGACACAAACGACAGGUUCCUCCGUAAGAUAACAAUUGGCCAGUCUCCAACUGAAAAGGGAUUUACAAGAUCUACUCAGUUUGAUAUCACAGUAGCCAGUGAGAUCAUGGCUGUGCUGGCUCUGACAGGCGGGCUGGAGGACAUGCAGAAACGCUUGGCCAACAUGGUGGUGGCUUCAAGCAGGAAAGGUGUGCCAGUUACUGCUGAGGAUCUGGGUGUGAGUGGUGCUUUGACCGUUCUUAUGAAGGACGCAGUCAAGCCAAACUUGAUGCAGACCUUGGAGGGAACACCUGUGUUCGUUCAUGCCGGUCCUUUUGCUAACAUUGCCCAUGGCAACUCAUCCAUCCUGGCUGAUAAGAUCGCCUUGAAGCUGGUUGGUCCUGAAGGGUUUGUAGUGACGGAAGCUGGAUUCGGAGCAGAUAUUGGCAUGGAGAAGUUUUUCAACAUCAAGUGUCGGUACUCAGGCCUGCGCCCACACGUGGUGGUCCUCGUAGCCACCGUGAGAGCUCUAAAGAUGCACGGAGGCGGCCCUGUUGUCACAGCAGGCCUGCCUCUCCAAAAGGAAUAUACAGAGGAGAAUUUGGAUCUGCUGGAGAAAGGCUGCAGUAACCUGCGGAAACAGGUUGAGAAUGCCAUGGCGUUCGGGGUGCCUGUGGUGGUUGCUGUUAAUGUUUUCAAAACUGACACAGACGCGGAGCUGGAGUUGGUGUGUCGUUUAGCUAAGGAAGCAGGGGCUGUGGAUGCUGUGAGGUGCACUCACUGGGCUGAGGGGGGGAAGGGGGCUGUCGCUCUGGCUCAGGCUGUACAGAAAGCAUCAGAGACACCCAGUAACUUCAAGUUUCUCUAUGAUGUUGAACUGCCGAUCAUAGACAAGAUCAGGAUCAUUGCUCAGAAGAUCUAUGGUGCUGCUGAUAUAGAACUUCUUCCUGAGGCCCAGCAGAAAGCAGAUCUUUACACCAAGCAGGGAUUUGGGAACCUGCCGAUCUGCAUGGCGAAAACCCAUCUCUCCCUCUCCCACAACCCUGAGUGUAAAGGAGCGCCUACCGGCUUCGUUCUGCCCAUCCGUGACAUCAGGGCCAGUGUGGGUGCAGGAUUCCUCUACCCACUGGUGGGCACGAUGAGUACUAUGCCUGGACUUCCCACUAGACCGUGUUUUUACGACAUUAACCUGGAUCCCACGACUGAGCAGGUGAACGGACUGUUUUAAAUGGAAUCAAAGUUGCUGGGCAGAGGUCUUUCCAAGACGACUCCCAAUCAAAACUGAUGGAGCAAUUUCCUGUUUGUGAUCAGGGGCACAGGAGGAGCUUUCAUGUUUUUUUGUUUUUUGUUCAUUUAUUAAAUUUGGGUCCUGUUA